AUGUCGAUGGAGAAGCUUAGUUGCUCUGAAAGCUUCCUCAAAAGUUCUAAGCCCUACUUCGCCAUGAUAUCUCUCCAGUUUGGCUACGCCGGCAUGAACAUAAUUACCAAAAUAUCCCUCAACACCGGUAUGAGCCACUACGUCCUUGUCGUCUACCGCCAUGCAAUCGCCACCGCCGUUAUUGCUCCCUUCGCUUUCUUCUUUGAAAGGAAAGCUCAGCCGAAAAUAACAUUCACCAUUUUCAUGCAACUAUUCAUUCUCGGCCUUCUUGGGCCCGUGAUCGACCAAAACUUCUACUAUAUGGGGUUGAAAUAUACGUCCCCCACGUUCUCGUGCGCCAUGAGCAACAUGCUUCCGGCCAUGACCUUUAUCUUGGCCGUACUAUUCCGGAUGGAGAUGUUGGACGUGAAGAAACUGUGGUGCCAGGCGAAAAUAGCCGGAACGGUGGUGACGGUAGCCGGAGCCAUGCUAAUGACAAUUUACAAGGGACCCAUCGUUGAGCUGUUUUGGACCAAACAUAUGCAUCAACAACAUACUACCGACACGACGCCGUCUAGCAACUCAAAUGAUAGUAAGGAUUUUCUCAAAGGCUCCAUCCUCCUCAUCUUUGCUACCCUCGCAUGGGCCUCCCUCUUCGUUCUACAGGCGAAAAUACUAAAGACGUACUCGAAGCAUCAGCUUACUUUAACAACACUAGUUUGCUUCAUCGGAACAUUACAAGCAGUUGCUGUGACGUUUGUCAUGGAACACAAUCCAUCCGUUUGGAGAAUUGGCUGGGACAUGAACCUCCUUGCCGCCGCUUACUCUGGGAUCGUUGCAUCAAGUAUCUCAUACUAUGUGCAAGGGAUAGUGAUGAAGAAAAGAGGACCUGUGUUUGCUACUGCCUUUAGUCCUCUAAUGAUGGUUAUUGUUGCAAUCAUGGGUUCUUUUGUCUUGGCAGAAAAGAUCUUCCUUGGAGGGGUGGUUGGAGCGGUACUUAUUGUAAUUGGACUGUAUGCGGUUUUGUGGGGAAAGCAAAAGGAAAAUGAAGUAACUCAUUGUGAGAUGUUAGAACCCACCAAAAAUAUUGACCCGAGUAGUAAAGUAAUUGAGGAUGUGGAAGCUAAAAAUGGAACUGAAAUGAAAUAUUCGGACUCUAUGCUUUCAACGAUUGUAAUCAGCACUCCAGCAUCGGAAACAACUUUGAAGAAAACUACCCAAGAGCCGUGA